UGGGGGUAGGGAGGGUACUGUGGGUGCCGAGCAGAACUGUUGCGGUGUGACAGUGUUGCCCCGCAGGAUGACGCAGGCGUGCCAUCUCAAGUGCGUGCCCCCCCACUACAAGGAGGCGGAGCUGUCGAAGGGCGAGAGCGUGUGCCUGGACCGCUGCGUGGCCAAGUACCUGGAUGUCCACGAGCGGAUGGGCAAGAAGCUGACGGAGCUGUCGCUGCAGGACGAGGAGCUCCUCAAGCGCAUGCAGCAGGGCACUGGCACUGCCUGAACCCUCCCUUCAGACCCCCCUUCCCACCACACCAAUAAACUGGAGGCUCUGGGCCAUCUGUCUGCUUCCCUGGGCCCCCCAAACCCA